UAAAGUUCACACCUGUAGGACCCACAAGAGAGGUACGUGGUUGUAGAGGUUUUAUGUUUCAUAGCCAAACAGUGGGUCGUGUUUGAGUAAAAACACACGUGUUGUGUAAAGACAACUGAGGUCGGAAGACUUCUUGGAAUACAGCAGUUUGACAUUUGAAUUCAUACACAUGACAAUUUCGUAGAAUUAAGAAAACGGAAAAUAAAGUAGGUCUCACCUGUUUUUGUUUUUGUUUUUUAAACAAACUUUUCAGAGCAAAAGUUCACAUCUUAAUCUGUUUUAUAAUGACUAAAUGAAAGAGCAAAUGUUUAUGAGUAAUUUGGGUAAAAACAUUUUAAAUGUUCCCUACUGGUUUACACAGUUUGUAGAGUUUUAAUGGCUUUUUGUUUUGUUGUUGUUUUUGUGAUGGAGGUGACACUAAAUGUGUCCACUGUCUUCUCAGAAGCAGAAGUGAGGGUUACCAAAGGUAAACCAGAACAAAGUCGUCACUCAGUCACGUGACGGCAGGCUGCAGAUUCAUAUAAAGCCCUGAUCCUCCGAACGAGCAUCUGGUAACUUGAGACAUUUCAUCUUGGAAUUCUUGGUGUUUUUUUGUUUUUUUUCUGUCCUAACAAGACUUGAGAUGAUUCAAGUUUCAAGGACACCAGAGUUCUCCAACUUUGGAAGCAUGAAUUCAUUUUCUCACAUUUCCACCGGUCAAGACUUUGGCUCAAUGGCAACGGGCAGAAGACAAAGAUCACGCUCACAAUAUGACUCAGAGGAGAGUAAAAGCAUUGAAUCGCAGACGCAGACAGAGGAAAUCAGUCUAAGACCUCGCUCCAGGUCAUUUUACAGUUUUGAGAUGUCAGAACGGUCUGCAGACAACAGCAUGGAAAGCUUUUUAAGGUCCAGUCCUCUGAGGCAGAAAGCAAACACAGUGUUUAAGAGUCUGGCACCAAAGAAGGAAGAAAAGUCUGGAGUUCAGGUCACUUCACGGGGAAAAAAGUCCAAACUGAAGAAGCAUUCUCACUCUAGCGAGCUCAAUGGCAGCAAAAGCAGUGCCAAACCGAUGAUCACCAUCUCAGAGUUGGACAGUUGGGACAUCUGCUCGAGUUCUGGGAUGAAGUAUGGACAGUUUGUGGACUGGGAGAAGAUUGAUCCUGAAUCUGCAAGUAAAUACCAGGAGAUCCUCAAAAGCGAACAUAAAGAACUAAAAGCUAUGGGCCGACAGGGAUUCUUUGCCAUGCCACACACGCUGAGAGCCAAAGCUUACUAUCACAUCAUCCACUGCUUCACUUGCAGCAAAGCUGAAGCUCCAGACAGAGAAGUCUACUACGAAUUGGCCAAGAAGCUUUUUGGCGAGCAGAAACUCAGCAACCAUCCGGUCCCAGAGUACAUGGAAGAUGGAGACAUACCGAGAUACUGUCUCAACAAAGCAGGUCUGAACUCUGUCAAAAAGAUCCUUCUGUGCAUCGGGAACUACUUUCCAGAGAUGAACUACUGCCCCAUCCUCCCAGCCUUGGUGUCGGUCAUGCUCCACUUUAGCGAGGACGAAGCAGAGUGCUUCUACAGCGUGUCGCGGCUCAUCUGCUACAAAGACACCAACAAGCGUUACAUCGACCAGACCUUCCUCACCUACCGCGCCUCCUGCAUGACAUUCGGGGACAUUGCCAAUAGAUGUUGCAAAGGCAUUCGUAAGCUGAUUGCCAGCUCUCACCAGAACCUUUUUGAGUUCUACUCUGACUGGAUCAUGUGGAUAUUUGCUGACCUUCCAUUCACAUAUGCCAUCAGAGUUCUGGAUGUCUACUUACUGGAGGGCUACAAGGUUCUUUACAGAGUGGCUUUGGCUCUAUUGGAUCUCUACAAAGUAUCUGUCUCCUCUCGAGUGGCUGAUGUGGAGGACUUCCGAACAGACAUGAAAAGUUUUGUUCAGAGCGUGGCUCGCUACUGCACAGUUGAGAAGCUUCUGGAAAGAGCCUUCAUGAUUCCAAUGGCCACCAGGGCCGAGCUCAACCUUCUCUUUAAUGCCAACAAGGACUCACUCAUCCAGAAAGGUGUCAGCAAACACCAAAAGAGACAAACAGUGGAGACAGAGGAUUUCACCAACUUCUUCUCCAGUAUUGUUACGAAAGUAGAGAUGAGAGUCAUCUGGGCCUGGAUUCCUGAGCGAUUUGCUCUUUUCAGCCCCGUUCGGCUGUUCAGUACAGCUGAGCAUGAAAGAAGUCUUGCUUCGUUAUAUUCACAUGUGGAAGGACAUGAACCAGUUGUCCUGAUAAUCAAAACGAUGGACGAAGAGGUGUUUGGGGCGUUCUUGUCAACAGAUGUGAGUGAAAGAAACAAACACAACACUCAGACGCCGAUGUACUUUGGAACUGGAGAGUGUUUUGUGUUUACGCUUCGUCCCAGCAUGGAGCGCUACCAAAGAGCCAUGGUCAACAUUUUGACAAGAAUAGCUUCUCCUCGGCAGAUGACCUGUGUCUCUCCUCAGAUGUCAGGUUUUGGUAGCUCACAGAUGAGCAGCCCAACUGGGAUCCACCAAAAUCCCAGCAACCUGAACAUGCUGUGCUCUACUUCACUGGAGAACUCCCUGACUGCCAAAGAACCCAAGAGACCAAAAGAUCAACAUGCGUCCAUGUUCAUCGCAGGAAAUGACAGGCAGCUCAUUAUUGGUGGGGAUGGAGGCCAUGCCCUGUGCUUGGAAGGAGACUUGGAGGGUGGCUGCACGGAGCCGUGUGACACAUUCAUGAGCAACCCGCUCUGCAAGGGAAAUUUCCAGAUCCAGUCCUUGGAGGUUUGGGGCAUCCAGAACUCUGUUUGUUCGUCUCCCAGUCCUCCGCCUCAUUAGAGAAACGUGCAGUUUCACAGCUGUUUUUCUCCACACUCAAGUUUGUUUUUUAUGUAAAUUAUUGUAACUUGAUGCUGUUUUGAAAUGCACUCUCUGAUGAAAUGUAGAUUAAUUCUUAAUUUUCUAGGAAGCCGUGUGACUUGCUGCUUUUGCUGCAUUAAUAUAGUAUUUUUUUAACCAUUUUUUCCUUUGGUUUUAUCUUUAUCAUUUACACAUGCUUCAUUGUAGACAAAAAAUGAGUUUUGGACAACAAACAAUACUUUUGGUUAAAUCACUUCAUGUUUUAGGUACAAAGAUAUCUGCUAUGCUUCUAAGUUGUUGCUCCAAUAAAUACCAAUACUAGCUUAAAUGUGUGCAAUAUGUAUCACAUUUAUUAUUAAUGUGAAGUUGGCUAUUUGUUGAGAAAAAAUAUCCACAAAAAUGAAAGCCAAAACCUAAAAAGAAAUUCAGCUUUGGAAAAGUUCUUAGAUUUUUCAUUGUCUGCAUUUAUUAAAAAAAAAAUGACAGUUGUAGUUUUCUGUGUUUUCUAGGAGAGCAAAUCUUUCAAUAAAACAUGAUGAAACAGCAGACCUAAAACAAAAAAAAAGCCUUUCAACACAAGCAAUAUGCUAUAUUUAGUUUGUCACUUGUGGAAAAUAAAAUUGUUCUUUUGUACUGAAGUGUCUUGAUAAAAAAUAAAAGGAUAUAAAUA